AUUGCGAAAUAGAUUGGAGGGAGCAUCGGCCGAGUAUAAAAGGUCGAAAUAUCUUUGGGAUGACACUGGAUUCCUCGUUCAAACCCCGUACCGCCAGCAUGAGGUUCGCGUUCGUCACUCUGACUUGCUUGGCGGCUUCUUCGGCUUUAUCGCUGCCGAAGCAAAAGAGGGACAUUCUACCUGGUGAUCCACGAUACGACGAAGCCAAUAAUCAUCAUCAUCACCACCAUCAUCAUGGUCAGGAGAACGUAGUAGAAGACGUAAAAUCUGUCGGUGAUGUUUACGCGGAGGUGCCACAGAAUACUUAUGGAUCUCGGUCGAGUGUUCCCUUAAACAAUCAGUAUUUGUUACCGCUUGACGACGUCAGUAGACAAACCGCAUCAGUACCAAACUCUUACGGAGUUCCCGAUACCAUCCAAAUUUCUCGAGUGAUCGAUACUUACGCGGGACCAGAAAGAACGAUAUCAACCGCCACGGUACCUGUUGAACGAGUCGAGACGGUAAGCGUUACACCGCCUUUAACUUCUUACGAAACUCCCGUAAGCAAAACCACCAAGAGUACGGUAGGAAUCGGAGCCACCUCCACGGUGAGAGAGGUCGACGUAUCUCCACCAGUUAGCGAGGUACAGGUGCCUGUUGUAAAAGAGGUUACGCGUCUUACUACUGGAGUGCAAACCGUAAAGAAGGACGUGGUUGGUAGAGACCUGCUGACUGAUGGUUACGACGUUUCUUCUCGCGUCCCUACCGCUCUUUAUUCAACGGGAUUCAAUCCCUUUGGCGUCGUUCCCAUUGGAUACAGCGAAAUUAAUCCCUUGACGUCUGUCAAUCAGGAUGUCAAUCUAGAUGUCCCUUUGCCUCUCUCGCUGACUCUCCAAGUCAGCAAAAAGGCCCCAAACACGUACUCUUUCCCGCAAUCUCCUGUCGAAUUUCCUACAAUUUCCUCUUAUCAGCUCCAUCCACACGUGGUGCAACAUGCACCACAGCCCGUGAACACGUUGUACUCUUUACCUUCUGUCGCCUUGGUCAGAUCAUUUUCCCCGCUGCAGCAUCUAUCGUCCGUGGAUAGAGUGCGGCCGGUGCAGCUGGUGCAUACGGUAAAAUCCGUCAAGUCGGUGGAGACCACGCCGAUUCAAGGACACACCGUGCAAUCCGUGCCGUCGUUGGUGAAUACUUUGAACACGCCGAUCGAAUACGCCGUGCAUCCCGUGCAAUCGGUGGAGACCGUAUCAACGACCGUGCAUCCAGUCAAGUCGGUGGACAUCGUGUCAACGUCAGAAACGGUGGAGUCUCGCGAUACAGCGGCGGAGGUGGUUCAAAGCAACGUUGCACCCGCAAACGUAGUUCAAGGUCACGUCCAGACGCAGGCACAGAGGGGACCGAUAACCGAUUUCUUCCAGAAGCUGAACGUCACGUUCUCGUUGCCAUCGUAUUUUCCAUCUUUCCCUUCCUUAGGCUCCUUAGGCUCCCUAGGCUCCUUAGGCUCGACAACCACAGCUUCACCUCCGGCAGCCAGUCCAUCCCGUGUUUCGUUCGCUGGCACUUACAACCAGCAAAGUAUCAACGUCGACGAUUCGUUGCUGCGUAACGACAACUUGGUGAAGAGCGCGUUGCCCGUUACGUUGCCUCACGAGUAUGUUCAACCGACGGACGCCAAUGGUGGAUACAUUUAUUAAAUGGCACGCUGUAAAUAUCUAUUUUACUUGUAUUAAUAAACAUCUAUUUUACGUACGGUAGAAACGUUAAGCGACGUGUUUGCUCGCAUAUCUUACGAUAUCUCAGGAGAAGUUGAAUGGAGUAGUAGAGUAGUAAUCUCACACGGUGGAAGAUAAUUUAUCACCUUGAGUGGCUGUAUACUAUAAUAAUUGAACAACACGGACAAUUCCAAGACGAUAAACGUCUUGGACUUUUGACGAAGGGGAGACAUUUAGUUAAGAGUCGGAUGUAAAACACGACUGCGUGACAAUUUUAACUAAAUAAAAUUCUUUUAUUACAAA